AUGCCCAUUUCAAUGAAAAUCUUUAAAGACAGAAGAUUCCAUGAUGGAAUAAAGGUUCUGAUCCUGCAAAGACUUAUGCAAAUGCUUAAGUUUAUAUUCUGUGAGAAGCCCUGUUGCGAUCAGUGGGACUCCUCUCAGUACAUAGAGGUAAAUAGGAUCAGCGUCAAGUUGGUAGCAUCCAUCGUAUUUAUCAGCUUUGGAGUGGUAGCAGCAUUCUGUUGUGCAAUAGUUGAUGGAGUCUUUGCAGCACGACAUAUAGACCCUAGACCUUUGUACACUAGAAGGUGUCAGUUUUAUUCAAGUGGAAUAGGAUUCUUAUACGAUGCCUACCAGACAGAGGUAACAUGUUACACCUUAAGCAGCAAGUGCCAGCUGAGAGUAAAGAGCAAUACAUGCUAUUGCUGUGACCUGUACAAUUGUGAAAAUUCAGAACAGUCAACCAGCUACUACGAGUUUCUUGGAGUGAACAGCUGUCAGGAUGUGGUUCACUUGUACCGGCUGCUGUGGGCCUCCACAGUCCUGAACAUCGUUGGAUUGUUUCUUGGGAUAGUCACGGCAGCCAUACUUGGAGCCUUUAAAGACAUGCCUGCAAGCCAUUUUCCAGCAUCAUCAUCUACUGAUAUUUCUUUAUCUGAUGAUACUCAGCCUCCAUCUCAGUCAAGCUCGAACUAUGGUCUCCCACCCAAUGCCCCGCCACUAUACACACCAACUUACUUCCUGCCAGAAGAAAAGCCUCCACCGUAUGCACCCUAGAACACAGAAUUACAUUUUAACUGAUUUUUUUUUAAAAGACAUCUUUGGAAACUCUGAGCUGCACAGGCAGCAGACUAUUAAGGAAACUGUUUUGUGUUCUAUGAUUGUUCUACUUUUAACCCCAACUCACUGUGAACUAACCAGAAUACUGGAAACCUAAGGCAGGCGUGUCACCAGAGGAAGGUAUCAGUCACCACACAGUUUGCAUGUAGUCAAUUGGGACAUUGCUGUCUGGCUAACAUGAGCAUGAUUUUCUCUCUUAGCAUAAUACAUAGUGACCUUUUUUUCACUAGAAGAAACAAAGAAAAACACUUAGAAUACUUGGUUCCAUUUUCAUAAACCAGUAUAGAGUGAUACUUCUGAAUUAGAACUCUUAUAGUCUGGUGGAUACAAGUGGGGAGUCUGGAUUGAAGGAAACCAGAUUUUUUUCCCCCUUAUACUAUUCAGUUAAGAGCCCCUUUUUGGUAAAAAUGUUGUUCCAAUAAAUACUGUGUGACAAUUAUUUAACAAUAAAA